CUCCAACGCCGUCCUCAACUGGCCCCCGGUCUUCCACCUCUGGCAACCGUCGCCUUCUCUUCCUCCGCCGCCUCCGUCCACUUCGCCUCCACAUUCUACUUCCUUUCUCUCUCAUCCGUUUCUCUCUCUUGACCAUAGCAGGCUUCUCCGGUCAACUUUCCUGGGCUUCCCGCAGCUCCCCCUUGGUCGAAUCUCCCAAAGAUCAAUUUUUGGACCGGCCAAUUUCCCGCCAAACGCAAGGCGGAGUGCUCACUUCGAGCAGCCGGAACUUCUGUUGCUGAGCUCAUUCAGCUCUGAGCAUCAGACAUGACUGGUUGAAGAUUUUGCAUUGACUUCGCUGCUCGAGCAUCUCCAAUGGAGUGCUCUUGGGUCCGCCCAGGCCACUGUUCUCGCUGAGAGUAGAGAGAUUGUUGAGAAAAAGAUGGCAUUGAAGCUUCUGUACAAGAAGAAAUGGAGCCAAGGCAGACUCGGGCGCUUCGAGGAUUGCAGAAGGAGAAGCUCAAGCAGCAGAGUUGACGAGUUCAGAGAAGCCGGCCGAACAAAUUCGAGGCUAAACACGGAAUUUCUGGUGUGUAAUGGAGUAAAAAUGCAUGGAAGGGAGAUUGAACUACCUUCAGUGUUUGGAUUUGCUGUCAAUGCUCCAUGUAGAGCAGGAAGCACACGCGGGUUCGGGAAUAGCUCCAUUCUGAUGGCAAUGUAUCGGAAACCUUGGAGGAAUAUAACUGGGAAUUUGGAUCAGUUUAAAGCUCUUGCAACUCUGACAGGUAAUCGAAGUUUAGAUCGCACGAAGAAACGGAUUAAUAUUCCGCAGCAGAGUCCUAUUGUGAAGGCUCUUCGUGAGGGUGAUAGAACAAGAGCUUCCGAUAUGCUCCAAAAACUUGGACGAAUGAAGCAUUCACUUCGAGCUAAUGAUUUCACUGAUAUUCUUAGGUACUGUGCAAAGUCAUCUGAUCCUGUGUUUGCAAUGGAGACUUGGAGGUUAAUUGAUGAGAGAAAAGUCAGACUAAACAGCUAUUUCUGCAUGCUCAUGGUUCAAGCUCUAUGUGAAGGAGGUUACUUGGAGGAGGCAUUCAAUCUGCUUCAAUAUCUUGGAGAAAAUCGCAAUGUGUACCCAAUUCUUCAUGUAUAUAAUUAUUUUCUGGGGAAUGCUGUAAAACGAAAGAAUGUAGUCUACGCUGGCAAGUGUUUGGAUCUGAUGGAGCGACGGCUCGUUGGCAAGAGUGAGCCCACUUAUUUUGCACUCCUCAAGCUUGCAGUUUUGCAGAAGAACAAGGCUGCAGUCCAUGAACUCUGGAAGGACUAUAUCAAACACUAUCCAGCAAACAUUUCCUUACUGGGAUAUUUUGUAGUGUCCUUCAAAGAGCUGGGGGACUUAAAAUCUGCAUAUGAAAUUUUGCAAUUUCUUGUCGCUUGUGCUGUCCCCAUAGCUGCCUUUGGUGUUAAAACCAUAAAUGGAAGGUCUAGAUUAGACAUCCCAAUACCUUUGAAAAACGAAUUAAGCUUCAAGAAAUGGGACUCUAAAGAGAUCAGCAAUUACGAUGAGGAAUUGGAUGGGCUUGGUAGCGGCAUGGGAACCACUUCCAUCUUUAGAAGAAAUAUAGCUCGUGAAAGUGUCUACCCAAUUGUGAGAGUAUUAGAAGAUACCUUCAAUACCUUGUUACAGGCUUGUGCACAAACCCGUAACUGCAGCUUGGCGGAGCAGCUAGUCCAGCAGAUGGAAAAUCUUGGUCUGAAGCGAUCACAACGUACAUAUGAUGGACUUUUGAGAGCAGUUGUUUAUGAGAAGGGUUUCGCUGAUGGCAUGAAAGUGUUGGAAAGAAUGCAAAAGAGAAAUUUGGAACCACGUAAAUCUACCCUUGCUACCCUUUCAAAAGGUUGUAGCAGGGCAUUGGAACUGGACAUGGCUGAGGCUCUACUGGAUCAACUUUCGGAAUGUCCAUACCCUUAUCCCUAUAAUGCUCUCCUUAAAGCAUGCAAAACAGUGGACGAACUUGAGCGAGCAGUUCGGGUAUUUGCUAAGAUGAAGAAAGCUGAAAGCAAACCAGAUAUUGUGACAUAUGAGCUGUUGUUUUCCUUGUUUGGUAAUGUUAACCCUCCAUAUGAAAAGGGCAACAUGUUUUCCCAGGCUGUUGUUGCCGCGAGGAUAAAGGCUAUAGAGGCGGAUAUGGCCAAAAACAAUGUUCUGCACAGCAGUACAUCGAUUAGAAAUUUGCUAAGAGCCCUUGGUCAAGAGGGCAUGAUAAAAGAGCUUAUCCGCUAUCUACGCAUGGCAGAGGACCUGUUCUCUCGCUACAACUUGCAACUUGGAACUCCAGUAUACAAUACUGUAUUAUUUGCACUGACCGCGGCUAAAGAAAGCAAUGGUGCUAUAGAAAUUUUCAAAACCAUGAGAAGGUGUGGGUUCCCUCUCGAUAACAUAACAUACAAUACCAUGAUCAGCUGCUGUUGCAACAUUGGGAGUUUCAGAUCUGCUACUGCAGUAGUUUCCAUGAUGAUUCGUGAUGGAUUUCUCCCGCAGACUUUGACUUACACAGCCCUCUUAAAGAUUGUUUUGGAUGACAACAACUUCGAUGAAGCUUUGGAUCUCCUGGAUCGGGCCUCCUCAGAAGGGGAUGAACUGGAUGUCCUCCUAUUCAACACUGUCUUGAAAAAAGUUGGUGACACGCGGAAACUCGAUUUGCUUGAGUACGUCAUUGAACAAAUUAGGCGAGCAAACAUAGGGCCUGACCCAUCAACCUGCAGCUACGUGUUUACUGCAUAUACAGACAGGGAGUUUAACAGAAUGGCUGCAGAAGCUCUUCAUGUUCUGAGCGUUCGAAUUAUCACUCAAGAAGGUGUUCUUCCUGCAGAGAAAAGGGCAGAGUAUGAAGACUUUAUCUUCAGCGAAGAUCCAGAAGCCGAGUCUCGAAUAGUCCAUCUUUUCGAGGAUUAUCGAGACAAUAUAGCUUUUGCUCUCAUGAAUCUAAGGUGGUGUGCCAUUCUUGGUCUUAUUGAUUCCAUCAAUUGGGCACCUGAUCAAAGCCCAUGGGCUCGAAGAAUCUCGGCUAACUACGAAGACAUGAUGCAAUCCCCUUGGCGCUGAACUUCUGCAAAAACCUUGUUUCAAAAGCCCGUCCGGCAAUGUUUCAAACAGAAACAAGAAACCCGGUUCCAAGUCGCUGAUCCUGCGAAACAAGCAAGCUCAAGAUCAUCAGAGGCGAUUGGCUCAUUGCAAGGCAAUCAAGAGUUCAAAGUUUCUGCAAGUAUUCAAAUCCUUCGGGGAUCAAGUUGUGACCAGGUUCGGUAAGUCGUGAUUUAUGACAACACGAGCAGGAGGAAUCCGUUCAGCGGAAGUCUUUUGGAAUGGACACACUAUUUUUUUGUACAAUAUUAGGGAAUUAAUUAAUUUUUGUCAGUACCAUGGAAUAAAAGCUUCAGAUCGAGAAAAGGGCAUCUUUCUCCAUUAGGAAAAAGAACGGGGCUGAAUUGCCCAUGUUCAUGAGCUGCGGGGCCUUCUGUAACUUUCCCCAAGCUAUUGAAAUUUUUGACAACUGGCUAUCAAAUAAUCUCUUUUCGCA